AUGGGAGCACCAACCGAUUCACCCGAAAGUUUCGAAAUAAAUGGCUCCUUAGAAGACCAGAAUAUCGAAUCGGCACCGGAGAAAGAUACAAGGUCGUCUGCUUUUAAAUCCUUAGGAUUUCUUGACCGGUAUCUCGCAUUAUGGAUACUGCUGGCUAUGAUUAUUGGUGUUCUACUUGGAAACUUUGUAGAUGGCAUUGAACGUACGCUACACCAAGGGAAAUUCGUAGGGGUCUCUUUACCAAUAGCAAUCGGACUUCUUAUCAUGAUGUACCCAAUUCUCUGCAAAGUUCAAUACGAGGUAUUGCACCUUGCUUUUAGUAAAAAUGAGCUCUGGGUUCAGGUUGCAUUCAGUGUCUUCGUUAACUGGAUUGUAGCCCCCUUUUUGAUGCUCGGGUUGGCAUGGGCAUUUUUGCCGGAUAAGAGUGAGCUCCGAACUGGACUGAUACUAGUUGGACUGGGCAGGUGUAUAGCUAUGGUUCUGAUUUGGAACGGUCUCGCUGCUGGCGAUUCAAACUACUGUGCCAUUCUAGUGGUAAUCAACUCGAUUCUUCAAAUUGCCUUAUUCGCGCCACUAGCCGUCCUUUUCAUCAACGUUAUCAGUGAUACGGACGAAUUCGAAGUCUCGUACCCAGCAGUAGCAACAAAUGUCGCGGUCUUUUUGGGAAUACCGUUGGGAGCUGCCGUUCUAACCCGAUACCUUAUCCGACAUUUCGCCGGCCCGUCAAGAUACGAGAUAUUUAUAAAAUGGCUCUCUCCAUGGUCUCUCAUUGGCCUGUUGUACACUAUCCUCAUUCUUUUUGCCUCACAGGGCCGUCAGGUCAUCCACCAAAUUGUAUCAGUGGUCCGAGUCGCCGCACCCUUGACAGUCUAUUUUAUCGUCAUCUUCGUCGCUACUCUUGCUGUGACGAAUCGCCUUGGAUUCGGCUAUAAAUUGAGCGUUACACAAAGCUUCACGGCAGCUAGUAAUAACUUUGAAUUGGCGAUAGCGGUUGCUGUUGCAACGUUCGGCCCGGAUAGCGACCAAGCUUUGGCGUCCACGGUCGGUCCACUUAUCGAAGUGCCGGUUUUGAUAGGCUUAGUAUACUUAGUUAGAUUUAUUGGGAAGAGGUGGAACUGGAGGGAUUAG